AUGGUGCAGUUCGAAGACAAUGCGGAAUACUACCUGGUCGAUUUCUGGGACGAUGAAAUGCUGGGUCCGGUCUGCAUCUUGUUCUUUCACGAAGUCGGAUGCUCCGUUCCCGAGUCCCUUAUUCCCCAGUGCGCCUCAGCCCUACACUGGCUCGCACUGGCACCAAAUGCACUGCUUCGUCGAAAUGCUCACGGCGACAGCGACCUGAUAGCAUGCUCAUUUUCCGCUGGCAAUGGAGAAGAAUACUACUGGAAAUGCGGCUCCCAGGUGAGGAGUGUCAUGCCGCUGUCAUAUGUCGUUCCUGAUAUGAUCGCCGCUGCUAUUUUCCCUUAA